GAAGCAUGUGUUUGUUGUGAGGGAACGAGAAUCAACAAUACGAUCGGUGCGGUUGAUUGAGUGAAAGACACACAUCACCGCAAACAUAUAUAUUCGCUAUUCGAUCAUAUCUGGAAUUAUACUAUUUAUUGGAUUAAAAUGGAGGAAUAAGAACGUUGUUAAUUUUAGAGAUUAAGAAGCACAACACCAAGAAAGUGCGAUGCAGGGUCUACGAUCUAGAGAUAGAUUGGAAAAUGUUAGAAUUCAUUCUCCAGAAGUGAGGGAGAUAUUACUUGACGAUGCACGCGAAAAUGAUACCCAGAAAUUGUUCACUAAAAGACACACAUGGAGGAGGAAACUAGAAGAAUUACCAGAGCAAACGGAACCAUCCUGUUCAUCUCCUCAGCGUCCUUGGAGUACACCCCUAGCUAGUAGAACCAGUAUGAUGUCAGCAGGAAGCACUGGAUCAGCUCUAGAUCAAACGGCUAAGAUACAGAACUGGUUAUGCCAGAAAGCUGUCAGACAUGUACAGGAGAAAGCAGAUCCAGAAUCAAAAGAAACCAAGAAGAUGUAUAUGGGAGUUUUAAAUACAGAGAAAACAUUUGUCAAAGAUGUAGACAACUACUUGAUGAACAAAGAUUUUCUUGACCUGCGUAAGAAGGAGAUGCUUUAUAAGAAAUGGAGUGAGAAGAUUUGGGAGCCAAUAGAUAGCAGUAUAUAUAAAGAGAUGAAGAACUACCCUAAGGUGGAUAAGAGGAAAAGAAGUAUAUAUAAGGAAUACCUCAGGCAUGGCAAUAAAAAGGGUUUUGUAUUUCUAGAUACCUAUGACACACAGGAGUAUGAUCCUAUGAAGCUUGUAGUUCCUAGACCAGCUCCUCUUAAGAUCCAUAGAAACACCCAAGAGGACCCAACAUUGCAACAGGAACGAGAGAGGAAUAAUGAGGACAGGACUACCCUAGCUUGCCAAACAGGUGAAGUUUUACCGGACAAAGCAGUAGAGCGCCACCGCUUGCCCCCGCUCCCGCUGGUACCGCUUGGUCGUCAUGGUACCGAGUGUGCUACAUGGUUGGCCAUGCCUCUACAUGAUAUAGAAAGCCCUGUCAGACUAGCAAGCAGACGAAGAAUGCAUGGUGUUUUCAAUGAUGCCCAUUAUGAUUUCUCUCAGCCGUUUUAUGAUCCUGCGAACGUCAGACUACAUCAACAAUCUCUGCAAUCAUCGCCUCAAUCACAAGCAGCUGUCGCAUCAUAAUGCUGGAUAAUAUGUAUUUUUAAAUGUUUGAUAGAUCUAUGGCUUUCUUUUCUCCACAUCAUUUAUGCAAAGAUUGUGAAGCUGUGCUCUGCUUUUGUAUUUGCAGAUGUGAAAUCUGUGUCUAUUUUGUGUUUUGUGAAAAAAGAUUACAAAUGCUGUAUUUGUGCUUUGCAUUUUGUAUAUUUUUUUAUGAUAUUCUGAAGAAUUAUUUAAUAACAUAAAUGCAGUUUAAAGAAGUCAUCAUGUUAAGACAAAGUGACAUGCUCAUUUAAGUCUAGCAUACAUUAGUAUUUCUUUAUGUGUAGAUUUCAUCAGAUUCAUACACUCGAUACUAUCAAAUUUCACCGUCCAUCCAUCCACUAAGCUUCAGAAUAUUUGGAACAUGCUUGAUAUAAAAUGCUGGUUGCAACUAUGCAAUUGAAACUAGUGUGCCAUUGUGCCCGAUAAAACUUAAAUCAUACAUGUAGCAUACAUGUGAUGAAGUUUGUUAUAUGACAGGUGUGUGGCCAGGCUGCAUUGAUUAAAUACUUCCUAUUUUUAAAUAGUGAUUAUUGUUGAAUGAAUUUAAAAUUUGAAUCAAAUUUAUGCAUUAGGAGGUUGAUUAACCUUGCAGAAAGUCAGGUACUUCUUAAAGAAAAUUAAUUACCAAUAUUGGAACCAUGUUUUUUUUUUAUUCCAGUAUUUUGUUAUUUGUAUUUUACAAUGCAGACCCUUUGAGUCAGAUGAACAAAUAAUGAAGUGUCUUGAUUUGAGUGAAAUGCCUUGCACGUUAUAUUCAAAGAAUAAUGCACAAGUGACCUUUAUAUCAUGCAAUUUCAUCUGCCUUUAUGUUUGAUUUUUAAUUGUGCUAGAGGAAGUAAUAGACUAAUAUAUUUGUUGUGAAGUUCUUGAUUUUAAAGGAAAAUUGUGCAUACAUGUAGAAUGUAGAGAAUGUGGGAAAAGCAAUUUGAAGGGAUAUAUAUGAGACAGGCAAAGAAAGUGAGAGAGAGAAAGAGAGAGAGACAUGGAGGAGGGGGGAGGAAGGAGAGAGUGCGAGAUAGGGAGGGACGGAGGGAGAGAGAGAGAGAAAGAGAAAUUUGGGGAGGGAAUGUUUGUUGUUGAUCACUUCUUACAUUGUUUACUUGAAUUACAAUUAGCUGCAUUAAAAUGCUAAAUCUUUAUGUAUUAUUAUUUUUUCCUGUGCUGAUAAUUCUGAAGAUAUUUUAUCAUAGGACAUUUUAUUUGUACUUUCAACUGUGAUCCGUUGACAGAUGUCAUUGCAGACCGUCUAAAUAAUAGGCCACAUAACAUACUUGUUAGGUCAAUAUUGAUUGUGAUAUAGACACAAUGCAUGUUUGUAUUGGUGAAAUGGAAGUCAAUUUCCUGUCAUGGUCAUAUUAAUUGCGUUCACCUGCUAUCAGAAUGUCAGCAUUCAAUGUCAUAAUUUUCUCUUCUACAUGUAAUUGAUCACAAGAUAUGACCUUCAGGAAAUAUUGUACCAGUUGCUAUGCACUACAAAUGUAAACAAUGAACAACGAAAUUUGCAAUUAGCAUCUAUGCCAUCAAGAGAGAGAAAGACGGUCUGGUUUUCUCUAAUGAUCUGAAGUUUAUCCACUUUGUGGGUUUGAUUAUAUACAACUGUUGUUUGGGUUUGUUGGGCUUUAUGAUUGAUUGGAAUAAUCAUAUGAAUGAUUAUAAUUUACCGUAUUCACUGUUGUAUGUACAUGUAGAGUAAUUGAAUAUGUUGCACAUCAAGGAGUUUGAUGUAUAUAUUGAUCAUGAAAAUACAAAAUUACCAUUUGAAAUAAAAUAUAUUACAUAAAAAUGAAAAACAAA